AAUAAAGUUAGUUUUCUUGCCAAAAAAUGCCUCCUAAAGAAAGAAGAAUUGCUAUGAUGGGUUACAGAUCAGUGGGUAAAUCUUCCUUGAGUAUUCAAUUUGUUGAAGGACAAUUUGUUGAUUGUUAUGAUCCAACUAUUGAAAAUACAUUCACUAAGACCACAAGAGUAAAUUCCACCGAUUAUGAAGUAAAAUUAGUAGACACAGCUGGCCAAGAUGAGUAUAGCAUUUUUCCCGCACAAUAUGCUAUGGAUUUUCACGGCUAUAUUCUUGUUUACUCUAUAAGUAGCUCAAAGUCUUUUGAAGUGGUCCAAAUUAUAUAUGAUAAAUUGUUAGAUGUAAUGGGUAAAGUUCAAGUACCUGUAGUGUUAGUAGGUAACAAAACUGAUUUAAAUAUGGAACGAAUGAUAAGUGCAGAUGAAGGUAAACGAUUAGCUGAUAGUUGGAAAGCCGCAUUUUUAGAAACAUCUGCCAAACAAAAUGAGUCAGUAGCUGAAAUAUUCCAUGCUUUGUUAGUCGAGAUAGAAAAAGCAGACGGUAACACUCAAGAAAAAAGCAAUUGUGUAAUUCGUGAAUAA